AUGAAAAUAAAAAUCGCUCUUAAAAUCGAGCAAUUCGAUUCCGGUUUUUGCCUUUCGUGUUUAUUAGACUCGUACCUCGAUAUUUUUGAACGAGCUCUGUGCCGUUGUAGAUUCGAAUUCGUGAGUCGGUCGAAGUUAUCAGCACUUCCGAAGGAUUCCAAGGAGCGUACUAGUGAGGAAAGCGAAAGAGUAGUUAGUAUCUUGUCCGAAAGUGAAGUAUACCUGAAAACCGUCUGUCAAAAGAAAGCAAAAGUGUGGAAAAAAGAUAAGAUUUUUUCACAUAACUACCUGGCCAUCGGGAGUAUAGCUAGCAGCAGUAACCAUUUCGUGAAGGUCCAUCCAGUCGACCACAUGCCGGUUAGGAAUGUUCCAUAUUCGAACCUUUCCAUCAAGCGAGCCGCUCAUGAAAUAGUCUUCGUCCACUGGAUUGAACUGUAUGCAACAACUCACCAUAGUCAUUGUGCGCAAACAUUUUCAAACAGCUUCUUGUUUCGAGAUCCCAUAAUCGAACAGUCUUAUCCAUCGAAGAAGAUAGCAGUAGCUGCACGAGGCCGAAAACCAUCUCCGGCACGUUCACAUAAUCCGGUAUCGAGCUCCCCUUUUUCCUAUUGCUUUUCCCUUUCUUUUUUCUCUCGGAUGGCAUCGGUGUUAUCUCCGCCAGCGGCGGCCGGUGGUCGGAAGCCAUCGGGUGAAUCGGUGUCCCGCCAACUGAGCUCACCAGCUCAUCCCCUGUUCUGGCCGACAUUACCUCACACUCUUGCACCUCCCACACGUGAAUCGACUUGUCCUCCCCUGCGCUCGCCAAGUGGCGCGCGUCAUGGCUGA